GCUCCAUUGUCCCACAUCUUGAAGGACCGAGCAAUCCAUAGGACCCGGCCUUGGGCGCUGGGCCCGAUUUGCCCACCAAUCACUAACUGCUCGAAGUUAUCUUCCUCCUCUCAAUAAACAACCCUCUGUUUUCUUUCUCGCAAAAUUUUCCCGGAAGACUUUGAAUUUUGUUGAGAACAUACCAUGGGAAAAUCCGGACUCCUUGAUCUCGAGAAGCACUUUGCCUUCUAUGGCGCAUAUCACAGCAACCCAGUUAACAUUUUUAUACACAUCGUUUUUGUGUGGCCAAUUUUCUUCACCUCUCUUAUUUUGUUCUACUUUGUACCUCCUGUUUAUGCUGUUGAGUUUAUGCCAUCUGGGUUGUUCGGUUCUGCCCUCGUUUUGAAUUUCUCAUUUCUGUUUGCCUUGAUCUACGCUUUAUUCUAUUUUUGUAUGGAUAACAAAGCUGGUUCGUUGGCCGCUUUGCUUUGUUUCUCUUGUUGGAUUGGGGCCAGUUCAGUUGCUAAUAAACUUGGAUAUUCUCUGGCUUGGAAGGUUGUGCUAGCAGCUCAGGUGAUUUGUUGGACUGGACAGUUUCUGGGUCAUGGUAUCUUUGAGAAGCGGGCACCGGCCCUUUUGGACAACCUUGUUCAAGCCUUUCUGAUGGCUCCAUUCUUUGUAUUGCUUGAGAUUCUCCAAACAGUCUUUGGAUAUGAACCGUAUCCAGGGUUUCAUGCAAGAGUUGCAGCAAAGAUAGAUGCUGAAAUCAAGGAAUGGAAGGAAACGAAACAAAAGAAAAUUUCUUAAUUUAGUCAGGUUCAUGUAAGUUCUGAUGAUCUCUGUGUGUAAACAUACUAUACUCAGUCAUCCAUGUGUUCUCCAACUAGUCUAUACAUUCAAUGUAUUUAGAAACUUCAAUGGAGGCUCAAGAAUCUGUACCUUCUUAGAAAAAUGUAUGACAUACAUUGAGGUUUGCUGUUCCUUAAAUAAAAUAUAAAACAAUCUGAAAAGAA